AUGGCUAAGCGUAUCCGCCUCGGAAUUCUCACACCUUCCUCCAAUACCAGCCUCGAGCCCUUGUCGCAAGCAGUCAUCGCUCAAAUUCCCAAUGUCUCGGUUCACUUUUCUCGGUUUACCGUUUUGAAGAUCAGCCUCGAGCAGGAUGCCCUCCAGCAAUUCCAAAACGAAGCUAUUUUGGCAGCGGCAAGGCUGCUGGCGGACGCCAACGUCGACAUCAUUGGCUGGAGUGGCACGUCAUCUGGGUGGCUAGGCUUCCCCGCCGAUGAAGAGCUGUGCACACUCAUUACCGCGGCGACGGGGAUACCGGCCACGACAUCCGUAUUGGCCUUGAACAAAGCUCUCAAGGUGCUCUCGGCUACAGAACUGGGGCUUGUGACACCGUACAUGGACAACGUACAGGAGGCCAUUAUAAAGACAUACAAGACAAUUGGCGUGGAUUGCAGCAAGGAACGCCAUCUUGGAUUGUCGAGGAACACUUCAUUUGCCGACGUUGAUGAGCCUACCCUCGACGAGAUGGUAGCCGACGUCGCGAGCCGCCAGGUGCAGGUGAUUUCCACCUUUUGCACCAAUCUCCGAGCUGCUCAGCGGGUGAACUACUGGGAAAAGACGCAUGGUGUGGUGGUUUUGGAUACGGUGAGCACAGUCAUUUGGGACAUGUUGCUACUGUGUGAGGUUGAUCCGACGGCGGUCCAGGGAUGGGGCCGGUUGUUCCAAUUGGUAGUAUGA